AUGGUACAAGAGAAUUUUCAAGAAAAACAACAACUUCGGAUUUUUGGACCAUUUUUUGCUACAAUGUUACUGACAACUAUUGUUUGGGUGUAUUUGUUCAUUCGACGUAUUCAUUUUCUUCAAUCGAAAAAUAUUCGACCAGAACAACUUAUGCGUCCUGGUGAACUAGCACGAAUUUCGCCUCCUGCUAUAUCAAAUCCAUCAGAUAAUCUAAAAAAUUUAUUUGAAAUGCCUGUAUUGUUUUAUGCGCUUUCAAUCUACUUAUUUAUAACGCAGCAAGUUGAUACACCAUAUGUUGUUGCUGCAUGGAUUUUCUUUAUUUUCCGAGUAUUACAUAGUUCUAUUCAUUUAUAUGGUUGUUGGCUUCUUUUUGACUAUCGUACUGAUUCAAAAGGAGGUCGAUGGUCUAAUCGAUUUCGUCGAUUAUGCAUAUGGAAACAAUUUGCAAAUUAUUUUCCUCUUAAAUUAAUUAAAAGUGAAGAUCUUGAUCCAAAUCGAAAUUAUAUAUUUGGAUAUCAUCCGCAUGGAGCAUUUUCUUUGAGUGCUUUCGGUAAUUUUGCUACAGAUGCUACACACUUUUCUAUUCUAUUUCCAAAUAUACGUCCACAUUUAAUGCUUCUUCGUCUUCAGUUUCUAUUUCCAUGUACACGUGAUCUUUUCCUCAAUCUAGGUGCAUGUUGUGUAUCAAGGAGGAGUUGUGAAUAUUUACUUAGUGGUAAGUGUGGUCAAGGGAAUGCAUUAGUUAUUGUUCUGGGUGGUGUUCCUGAAAUGCAUGCAACAAGAAAUGAUACUAUGAUAUUUUAUAUUAAGAGAAGAAAAGGUUUUGUCAAAUUAGCAUUAAAACAUGGUGCUUCAUUAGUACCUGUUAUUUCAUUUGGAGAAAAUGAACUUUAUGAAAGACGAACUUGUUUUAAUUUGAUACCAAACGGAAUUCCUUGUGGCCGAUCUAUUGUUGGACAUAUUCCAUUCCGACAUCCGGUGAUUACUGUUGUUGGAAAACCAAUUCAUGUCAAUAAAAUUGUUGAUCCAACUGCUACUGAUAUAGAUCAACUUCAUAAUGAAUAUAUUCAACCAAUUGAACAAUUAUUUGAAGUGAACAAAUGUCAAUAUGGAUUGGAACAUAUAAACCUAGAAAUUAUUUAG